AUGCCGUUUAACGCAUUCCUUGAUGACUAUGGCGAUGGCGCAUGGACGGAUCUGGAAGCGUCCGAUUCUGAAGGCUCUGCGCACGACUCGCGAUCCUCCGAUAGUCCAUCCCCGCGUCUGCAUGCCCACAUCAUCGAGCUUUGCUCUGAGGGGAGCGAUGAAGAGGGAGCCACCCAAGGGAUACCAGACAUAAGUCCCGACAAUCGCAGGGUCGUCUCUCGGAGGCUAGAGGCGGACAAAGAGGAUGAGGAGCCCGUGGACAGCGGCUUCCUUUCGAAGAGCGUUCGAGAGCAGUUCAGGGACCCUGAACACAUGAAUUUGCUCAGCGGCUUCAUGAAAGAUCCAACGGGCGGCGACAAGAAUCAUGGUUCCCUCCAGGCUGAGCGAAGGGAGCUGGAACCAGCCGAUAGCACAGGCACCGAUGGCAGACGGGACGUGGCCACGAACUCCGAAGCCAUCGAUCUAAACUGUGAACGUUGCUUGAGCCCACCUGUGGCAGAUGUGCGAUAUCGAAAAGGGGAAGAUGUCACUGGCCUUCAGCCCGUGCUUCGCGCACACAAUUCCAUAUGA